AUGAACCACAUCGCCCUGAUAACCAGCCUGGCUCUUGCCAGUGCCUACGCCUCCACAACCGCACCCCCAGCCACGACGUCUGCCCCGUGCCUUCCCCCUGGCGCAAUGUGCGGCGUCCAGGUCCAAUGGAGCGGCGGCGCCUUCGGCGACAAAUACGGCCUCGCAAGCCCGGAACAGUGCCUCGAGUUCUGCAACGCAAAGCGCACCUGGGGCGAGUGCAAAGCCUUCUCCUUCUUCGCCAACGGCAGGUGCCUGAUCCACAACAAACCCGCCUCCGAGGUCGCCCGGCCCCAGGCAGACAGCGGCUACUGGAUCUGGGACAAGGAGUGCUGGGAGUGCGGCGAGCUCGGCCCCAUCGACGAGGUCCCCACGCGGACGACGUCCGCGACGACGGCCGUUGAGAGCUGUCUGUCGCCCACGGCCAAGUGCGAGGUUGAGGCCAGGUUCACGGGCGAGGGAGACGUCAAGAGCUGGGGGAGGUUCGAGAGCGGAGACGGACCCGAGGACGGGCCGGCUGGGUGCCAUGAGCUGUGCACCGAUGCGCGAAUGAUAUAUCUUUUUACUCCUAUUUGA